CGACGCGAAGGAAAAAGAGAAAUGAAAAGACGUUCUUGAACAAGAUUCCAUCAAAAACAAAACAGCUUUCUUGAAGAAGACGAUAGACCGGGGAAAUAAAGGGGAAGAACUCGUCGCUCCGGCGACUAAAAUCUCCGGUCGUCCGCCGCCCUCGUCCAUAUGGCCCCUCCGCCGCCGCCGGUCCCGGCCGCGCCGGGCGCCCAGUACGCCCAGCAGUUCCUCAGCACCGCCCUCUCCCAGCGCGGCCCAGCGGCGCUGCCGUACGCGGAGGACGUGAAGUGGCUGAUCAGGCAGCACCUGGUGGCGCUGGCCGAGUCGUUCCCCUCCGUCCACCCCAAGGCCUCCGCCUUCACCCACAACGACGGCCGCACCGUGAACCUCCUCCAGGCCGACGGCACCAUCCCCAUCGUUUACCAGGGCGCCGUCUACAACAUCCCCGCCGUGAUCUGGCUCCUCGAGUCCUACCCUCGCUCCCCUCCCGCCGUCUUCCUCUCCCCCACCCGGGACAUGGUCGUCAAGCCCGGCCACCCCCACGUCGACCGCUCCGGCUCCGUCCUUGUCCCCUACCUCCGCUCCUGGGUCUUCCCCUCCUCCAACCUCGUCGACCUCGUUCGUUCCCUCGCCCACAUCUUCGGCCUCGAUCCCCCCCUCUACACCCGCCAGAACCCCAAUAACAAUCCCACCAACCCUAACCCCAAUCCCGCCCCUUCCCCAUCCCCGUCCCCCGCUCCGUCCCCGUCGUCUUCAUCCUUGUCGUCUCGGAUCUACUCUUCUUUGUCGCCCUACGGUGGGCGAUUCCCGCCCUCGCCGCAGGCGGCGGCCUCAAGGCCGACCGAGGACGCGGCCGAGGUCUACCGCCGCAAUGCAACCAGCAAGAUCAUCGAUGUGGUGCACGGCGAUAUGGCAGGUCUACGGAGAUCGCGGGAGGCUGAGAUAGAGGGGCUGUUCAGCACCCAGGCGGAGUUGAGGCGGAGGGAGGAGGAGCUUUCGAAGGGUCUGAAGGAGAUGUUGGAGGAGAAGGAGGGAUUGGAGCAGCAGUUGCAGUUGAUUUUGAUGAAUACGGAUGUGCUGGAGGGGUGGCUGAGGGAGAAUGAGGGGAGGAGGAGGAAGGCUGGGGAUGUGGAUGUGGAUGAUGCUUUUGAGCCAGCGGAUGUGCUGUCGCGGCAGAUGCUGGAGUGCACGGCGGCGGACUUAGCGGUGGAGGAUAUAAUUUACUCGCUGGACAAGGCGGUGCAGGAGGGGUCCAUCCCGUUCGAUAUGUAUCUGAAGAGCGUGAGGGCAUUGUCGAGGGACCAGUACUUCCAUCGGGCGAUGUCAACCAAGGUGCGGGCAGCUCAGGUGCAGGCACAGGUAUCAAGCAUGGCGGCAAGGGUGCCUCACCAUGCUUCAUAGGGGAGAGAUUGAACCAUCAGCCUUUGUCAUUGAGGAGGGUUGGGUGAAUACAAAUAUGACAAGCCAAGUAUCAGGUGAAGCUGGAGUGCAUCAUCCAAGGCAUUUUUCUUUGUUACAAAGGCAAGGAACCAACCAUUUCAGUAUUAGCUACCUCCUUGGACUGCAUCAGGGCUCGAAGGAUUUAUCGUUUCAAUCGUGCAUCGCUGCAGAACCUGCCGGAGCGCCAGUAUGGAGACCUGCUGUCGCACCUGUGCCUGAUAAUGUUCGUAUAAAUGUUGUCCUCACGCCCAUUACGUUCACUGCGAGUCUGCCGAAAACGAACAUUCUGAAUUUGGGCUGGCGUUAGGGGAUCAAUUUGCUUCUAUUAGGAGGGAGCAUCUUACACCAAUCUGACCCUAAUACUAACAUUUAGAAACUGACUGACUGACUUCGGGAGAAACAUCAGUUUGAUAGAGCAUCAAAUUGUCUGUAUUAGUAGAGCAUUUAACGCGGAUCCCACCAUAACCCUAGGAAUUCUGAACCGAGACUGGUUUUUAGGAUAACAGCAUCGUUUGGCUC